CGUCUCUCCCUCAUAUCGUCUGAGGUCUGACUGAAGGAUGGACUGUGCCCUGCUGCUGCUGUCCCUCUGGGCUCUGACGGGAGCAGUGUCCCCACAGGAACCAGGGUUGUGUCCGGAUAGACUGCUGGGAGAGGAGCGCAGGAGGACGUGUCCCCGGCCCUGCAAAGCUGACCGAGACUGUGGCAACAAGCGCCAGUGCCUGUGUGACGGCCAGUGUGGUCUCAGCUGUGUGGCUCCAGGUCGGACUUGUCCCUGGCCUCUGCCCCCCAGUGAAAGCUCAGAGGCUCGCCUCCUCUCUCCCACUCACUCCUUUUCCGCCCUGCUUGAAGUGCGCUGCAAGCCAGGCUUCGCGUUGCCCAAUGGCUUAGAUGCCAGUAUUCGCCGUUGUCAAGGUGACCGACAAUGGAGUGGGGAUGAGCCCAUCUGCACAGAGACUCUGAAGACUGAAGAACCUGCUGCUGACCAAACCUGCCCUCUGCCUGAGGAGAUCGUCAACACCUUCAACAUCCGGGGCGAUGCUACAGCGGGAACUUCUAUCCGCUACACCUGCCGGUCUGGGGCCGAUAUAGUGGGGAGCAGCGAAAACUUCUGUCAGGAUAAUCAGACCUGGCAGUAUCCUCACCCCAUCUGUAAAAAAGUGUACUGCCAGCCUCCCAGAGAGGUGGAGCAGGGCUACGUGGUGGCUGUCCAGAAGACUGAAUAUGAAGUGGGCUUUGACAUCCACUACCUCUGUAAAAAGAGCUUCCUGCUGGAUGGACCCCAGAACGUCACCUGCCUGUCGAAUGGGAGCUGGAGUGCAUCACCGCCAUGCUGCAGAGCUCGCUGUCUCAUCCCUGCCGAGCGAAGCCGCGUGGUGGUUGGCGGAGUGAAGCGCUGGCCCUUUGACGUGACAGAUGCCGUGGUUCCUCACGGGGAACAUGUGACGUUCUACUGCAGACACCCUAGUAAGCAGUGCAGCUUCACUGCAACCCAGGCCUGCGUUGAUGGAAAGCUGCAGCCACCGGCCUGCUACCUUGAGCCCACGUGGUUGCAGUUCAAACUCUUCCCUCACCGGCUGGUCUCAGAGAUUGAAGCGUGCAAGCCGAAUGAAGUGGAGUGAAGACUUUGACCCAUCCAACACUCAUGACACCGUGUCACAAUGUGAACGCCUUCUGACACUCAGCAUCCGCCUCAAACUAUCUGUGUUAGACGCCGACAUAUGUGUGGCUCCAUGUGCUUGUGGCCUUUGUCCCUCUCUCAUCCUAUCAAACUAAUUAUAAUCUGCCGACCCUUCAAGUAUUCCCGUGAUCCCCCUCCAGCUUGAGCCAAUGCAUCCAUGUGUAUAUAUAAAGCAUGAAAACAUGCUCUAGCACGUAUGCUUGCUCACUGUAGCUUAAUAACUCAUAACCGCUCGACUCUGUGACAUCUCACUGUGUGCUCUUUCUUUUCCUCUGUUGACGCAUCAAGUCUUGAGGCUUGUAAGUUUUUAUCGAUGUGAAAUAAAGUGAUGUCAAAUCAA